AUGGUCGAAUCCUCGAUGUUCUUAACAAUUUUUACUGCAUUCAUCUUUUUCCAUAAAGCAUUCGCAAAUGAAUUGCGUAUUAAUACAACAUCAGGUUUAUUCGAAGGUAAAGAAGUGAUCAUCGACAAUGUUCCGGUACGACAAUUUUUCGGCAUUCCAUAUGGUGAAAAACCAGCUCGAUUUGAAAUGCCACAAUUACGAAAGUACAAUUCAACCACUGUCAUACAUGCUACGGAACGCGCACCGGGCUGUCUUCAAGCGUCCGGCGGACUGUCAUACGGUCCAUUUGAAUUAUCCGAUAUGUACGAAGAAGAUUGUUUAACACUCAAUAUGUUUGUUCCGAAGACAAAAUCUUUGUCACCAAAAGCAAUUAUGGUCUUUUGUCAUGGUGGUUCAAAUCAAGUCGGUUCAGCAUCAUUAUUCGAUGGAAGUGCUGUUGCCGCCUUGGGCAAUGUUAUUGUUAUAACAAUAAAUUAUCGUUUAAAUAUAUUAGGAUUUCUAACACCAGGACCUGAUGUCAUGCCUGGCAAUUAUGGUUUACACGAUCAAAUCUUAUCGUUAAAAUGGAUAUCGAUUAAUGCGAAACAUUUCAAUGGUGACCCGAAACGUGUUACUUAUAUCGGGCAUUCAGCCGGCGCUGCUAAUGCUGUUCUACUGGCCAUGUCGAAACGAUCUGAUGGUUUAAUUGCUCGAGUUAUUGCACAGAGUGGUUGUCCAUUGAAUCAAUGGGCAAUUGAUAGACAUCCAUCUGUACGUUUUAACAAUGUUGUACAACGUCAUGGUAUGAAACCGAAGAAAAAACUUAUGCAAUCAAAUAUCGAUCGAUUGAAAAAUAUAUCUGCCGAUGAUUUUCGUUAUAUGUAUCAUUCAGGAUUAGAAAUCUCACCAGAUUAUCCAUUUCCAAUUAUUGAUAAUGAUAUUCUACCAAAUGAUCUCGAAGAUUUAAUUCGUACAGGGCCUCUGGUCAAUAUUGAUGUACUUAUUGGUGUUACAGCCGACGAAGCAUUAUAUUUUGCUGAAGAACAUAUAUUCAAUCAUUAUUUACCCAAACAAUAUCGUACGAGUCCAUCGUUAACAACUACUCCAGCAUUGUCAACAACCAAAUUGAAUGAAUCUCAUACAGAACAAAAUCUCAUUACAAAAUCAAUUGAAAAUGAACACCCUCGAGGAUUUUCCUAUUUUAGAAAAAAUCGAUAUAUUAAAAAUUAUUUAAAAACUAAUUAUCCAAAUCAUCUAUGUUACUAUGAAGAAAUUCAACGACGAUAUAUGCCUAACAGUAAACAUCAACAGAAUGUUACGGAAACUGCUCGUCUCUAUACUAAUCUAGUCAGCGAUUUAAUGUUCUAUUAUGAUCUUGUUCGUUUUCUUCAUGAGCGUUUAAAUUCAAAUACAUUAGCAUCAACCUAUGUAUAUUAUUAUACAAAUCCGCCUGUAUUCGAUCUUGAUAAUUUACUUCGUCGUAUUCCAAAUCUGAUUGGACAUUUUGCUGAACUUGAUUUAGUAUGGGGUAUUCCAUAUUUUAAUCAUAAAAAUCGUACUAAUAUAGCUUAUAGCAUGAAUAUAUCUUAUAAACGCGAAGAAAUGGAAUUAAGCUUACAAUUAAUUCGAUAUUGGACUAAUUUCGCUAAAACAGGAGAUCCAAAUGAACCAGAAUAUGUAUCUGUUCAUUGGCCGCGAUAUGAAAAAACGAAAAAAUCUUACAUUAAUUUGAAUGCAUAUGAUACACAAACUGAAGAACAAUUUUUUGAAGAACGUUUUCAAUUUUGGAAUAUGAUAUUACAUCGUCCGAUAUGUACACCUUUUCAGUGGUAUCAUACAUGUUUACUUAUUGGUAUACUUGUGUUAGUUGUUGUUUUAUUAGCAAUUUAUAUUUUUUAUAAUGCUAAACGAUCACGUCGAAAUAUAAAACCAACGGACAUAACCAAUAAUGACAUUGUGACUACUUAUCGUUUUCUGCCUAGUGUUGUCUCUUAA